UAAAAAAGCCGAUUUUUUGCUAGAAAUUGUACACCAUUUUUUUGUUAUCGGCUUAAAAUAUGGAAACGAAAAACAUGUGAUAUUUGAAAAUACCAAUAAAUAAUAAUUUGUGUCAGAAGACGAGACUACAACACAUGUUAUAGUUAGGUUAUAUGGUUAACUGUCAGUGUUUGUGUUUGUCAGAAUAUUUGUCAAAAUUCAAAAUGUAAACAAAAUGUUUCCUGAACUUCCCCCGAUUUACUGGUGCCUGGCACUGACCCGAAUCAUCCUAGUCCUAAUACCACAACUAGGCUACAUCCACCCAGACGAAUUCUUCCAGUCAAUUGAAGUGCAAGCAGGCAAAGCUUUCCACGUCGAAAGCAACAUCCCGUGGGAAUACAACGCCACAUUCCCAGUCCGGAGCGUAACAAUCCCAUAUUUUACCAUCGGCAUGGUUUACAAGCUGGCCAAUGUGGCUGAAUAUUUCCUCAAACAAUACUCAACACUUUCGAUAAUUACGCCCUACUUGGUGGUUGUAGGCCCUCGUUUUUUAAUGUGUGCGUUAUCAUUCCUUGUCGAUUUAAUUCUCUACAAAAUCUGCGUCAACAACAACGAAAAGUACAAAAACCGGCUUGUAGUCCUGGCCAGUUCUUACGUGGUCUUAGUUUACGGCACGCGCACUUUUUCGAACACUUUCGAGCUCGUACUUUUCGCGCUCCUCCAAUACUACGUCUGCGAGAGUUUAGUUUUUUCAAAUACUCUGAUUAAAAAGCGCGAAUAUUUAAAUUAUCGAUACGAGAGGAGUCGAACAGUUGUAGAAAAAGCAAAGUUUCAUAAAUUGCGACUGUUGCUAACGUCUGAUUCCUUGCGGAAUUGUGUGCAGAUUAGCGUGAUCACGGUUUUGGGUUUUUUCAAUCGGCCCACUUUUCUCGCAUUUGCAAUGUUUCCGGUGUUUUUCUGGCUGUAUAGAGGGUUGGGUAAUAAAUUAGUCGCGCCUAUGAAUUACCAUUUGAGGAUAUUGGCACUGAUUGUGUGCUCAAUUCCUACGAUUCUGCUCAGUGUUUUAAUCGAUUCGUUCUACUACGGGUAUAUAACGUGGGGAGAGGUCGGGGUUUUACACGUUACGAUCGAUAAUUUUGUCUUCACGCCUUUGAACUUUAUUUUGUAUAAUAUGGAUUCGGGUAAUUUGGCUGAGCACGGGCUACAUCCGAGAUUUUUACACGUGCUUGUAAACAUGCCUUUACUCUUUGGUCUGCUCGCCUUGUUCGCCUACUACAAUUUUUGCCAAGCGGUGUACAAUUUGGUAACCGGUCGACAUCACCUACUACCAACUGUACGAAGUAUCAAGGGCCUUAUGAUGUUAUCAUACUUGGGCCCCCUGACAAUCCUGUCAAUAUUCCCUCACCAGGAGCCCCGUUUCCUAAUCCCGUUGAUCCUCCCACUGGUGUAUUUAUCCACCAAUAGCGUAUUCCCCGAAUCUGACAAUAUUUUGAUCAAACUCGAAGCCUCAACGUUAAAAAACCGUGCCCCCGAAAUGGCCAAAAGCCCAACAACUUUCCUCAAACUGUGGCUAGUUGUGAAUUUAAUUCUGGUGCUAUUUUUCGGCUUCCUGCACCAAGGCGGAGUGUACCGAUCUGGUGAAUUUCUGUACAAAGACAUGAAACGGCACUCGAGAACUGACUUUUACGUUGUCACCAGUCAUAUUUACUCAAUGCCCAAAAGUCUAGUUUUGCAAAAAUCGAGCGAUGUUCUGCACCACACCAAGCGCACGAAAUACACCGUGAAUAAGCGGUUUUUUCUCUAUGAGAAAGGGUCGUCCGACUUGGACUUGGUCGUAAAAGACUUGCAAAUAUUGCGUGGGAAGCUCCAAGAUUAUAGAUGGAAUUUCAAGAGUAAAAAGUAUAAAUUGAUUUUGAUUAUUCCAAGUAGUUUGGAGGACCGCUUGAGUUAUUCAGCGAAUAGUCAGUUCGAAUUUAAACUCGUCACAACUUUUUAUCCACAUAUCAGUACCGAGGCGUUUCCGGAUUUGGGCCAAGAUUUGUUUUAUUUCUACUCGAAUUUGGGGGAGCAAGAUUUUUAUAGGUCGGUAUUGCGGUGCUUGAUUGAGUUUUUUCACUCGUUUGGGCUCAAUUUGUACGAAAUUGAAGUGUAGAGGGAGAGAAGGCGUUGGUUCUGCUGAUUUGAUUGAAAUUUUGCUGUUUUAAUCGCCUGUUAAUUACUCGUAGAAGUUUUACUAUUUGUAUACAGUGUGCUAUGAUCUGUUUAUUAAAUUAUAUUGAAAUGAAA